AUGCGUGAAAUCGUCCACAUCCAGACCGGCCAGUGCGGUAACCAAAUUGGUGCUAAGUUCUGGGAGGUGGUUUCUGAUGAGCAUGGUAUUGAGCGGGAUGGUCUCUACAAGGGAACCAAUGAUAUGCAGCUCGAGCGUAUCUCGGUUUACUACAACGAAAUCGGGUCAAACAAAUAUGUUCCUCGUGCAGUCUUGGUUGAUCUUGAACCAGGAACUAUGGACUCUGUCCGCUCGGGGCCUCUAGGUAGUCUCUUCCGUCCCGACAACUUCAUCUUUGGACAGAGUGGUGCUGGUAACAACUGGGCCAAAGGACACUACACGGAGGGUGCGGAGUUGGUCGACUCUGUUCUUGACGUUGUUCGCAAGGAGGCUGAGGGCACUGAUUGCCUACAAGGUUUCCAGCUCACUCACUCACUCGGUGGUGGAACUGGUGCUGGUAUGGGAACGCUCCUAAUGUCCAAGAUCAGAGAAGAGUACCCUGAUCGGAUGAUGUGCACGUACUCUGUUGUGCCUAGUCCCGCUGUCUCGGACACUGUUGUUGAGCCUUAUAAUGCAACACUCUCUGUUCACCAACUUGUAGAGAAUUCAGACGAGACUUUCUGUAUCGAUAAUGAGGCCCUUUACGACAUCUGCUUCAGGACGCUCAAGCUCUCCACACCUACUUAUGGUGACCUGAACCACCUGGUUUCUUUUGUCAUGUCCGGUAUCACGACUUGCUUGCGUUUCCCUGGUCAACUCAACUCUGACCUGCGUAAACUUGCUGUGAACAUGGUUCCUUUCCCUCGUCUCCACUUCUUCAUGACCGGAUUCGCUCCAUUAACCGCCCGCGGCAGUCAACAAUACCGCGCUGUCACUGUCCCUGAGCUUACUCAACAAAUGUUCGAUGCAAAGAACAUGAUGGCUGCAUCAGACCCAAGACAUGGUCGCUACCUCACCGUUGCCGCCGUGUUCCGUGGUAAGGUCUCAAUGAAGGAGGUCGAGGAACAGAUGCAGAACGUUCAGAACAAGAACUCUGCGUAUUUCGUAGAGUGGAUUCCUAACAAUGUGCUUUCUGCACAGUGUGACAUCCCUCCCCGCGGAGUUAAGAUGGCGGUUACCUUCUUGGGUAACUCGACAGCUAUCCAAGAACUGUUCAAGCGUGUCAGCGACCACUUCACUGCUAUGUUCAAGCGCAAGGCCUUCUUGCAUUGGUACACACAAGAGGGUAUGGACGAAAUGGAGUUCACCGAGGCCGAGUCAAACAUGCAGGACUUGAUCGCUGAAUACCAGCAAUACCAAGACGCAACGGUCGAGGAAGAGGCCGAGUACGAGGAGGAGGUUCCAGCUGAGGAGGACUCGUAG